UGACUGAACAAUAUUUUAAAUGUCGUUUUAAAAUGGGAGCUCCGUCCGUGGAGUCACACACCUUAAUGAAGACUUGUUGAGAACACUGUGAAGAUGCCUCGUGAAUGCUGAGGAGCAACAGCAGCUGUCUCGUCUUCAGUUAUCCUCCCAUUGCAAAUAAAUGAGUCAAUAUGGCCGCAGAGCAGCGAGCCCUGCACAACUGAGACGGAAUAAAACAGCAUACAGAUUAAAUGGCGUUCAUGUCUCGAUUCUCUCGGUCCCGGAGCAGCUCCAGGUCUCCGAGCCGAAAAGACUCCGAACGCGCCUCCCCGAACCUGUCCGUUUCCGAGCUAGAGAGGCUCCUAUACACGGGCAAAACGGCCUGCAACCAUGCAGACGAAGUAUGGCCACGACUCUACAUUGGAGACCAGGAUAUUGCAUCAGAUCGCCGUGAGCUGGCCAAACUUGGCAUUACACACAUCCUCAACUGUGCACAGACGAAGUGGCGCGGGGGAGCCGAGUAUUACGCCGGGAUGAACAUCACCUAUCACGGCAUCGAGGCUCAUGAUUCCCCAACUUUUGACAUGAGUGUCAACUUCUAUCCUGCUGCUGAGUUCAUUCACAAAGCCCUCACCAGCGGAGGUAAGGUUCUGGUCCACUGUACUGUGGGAGUGAGCCGCUCAGCUACUCUGGUGCUAGCCUACUUGAUGAUCAGACAAAAUCUGACGCUUGUGGAGGCUAUCAAAACAGUAAAAGACCACCGAGGUGUCAUCCCUAACCGAGGUUUCCUCCGCCAGCUCAACGGCCUGGACGGCAUCCUGAGAGAGAGCCGCAAGACAUCACAGAGCUGAAAACGCUCUCAACACACAUUCCACCUGAGGUAGCAACCCUUUACGCCAAGAGAUAAACUGGGACCAAGCUAGGAACAACCUGUGAGUUUCUGACACUGCAGCUCUGAAUGGCAGCCAGUGAUAGGACAGUUUAACUCAUAUCUUCUCACUCAGUUUGUUCAGUAUGUUGUAGUUCUGUAGCCUCUGAAGCAGCAGCAUCAGAUAAUCUAAAAUUGUUUAAUUUUGUAGCUUCCAAAAACUGAUCACACUUGGCCCUGCCCAAACAAAGUCCUUGCUGGAGUUUUUUUCUAGUUAACUUUGAGAGUAAACAAGUUAUAUCAAACCCCAUAAAUAAGAUUCUUUCUCAGUGAUUUUUUUUCCAUAGUUUGAGUCAUUUCAGGUCUUCGCUCAACUUUUUUACAUUCAUGAAGUGCCCUAAACAACCUAAACAGUUGUAUAGCCCAGGUCUAAACCAGCACAGUUACGUAGCCUAUAGAAUUCCAGUAUUAAUACACUGUAUUUAUUUGUUUGUGAAUGCAACAUCAGUUUAAUGUGGAAAAGCAUUGAUUGCAAUUUUCUCGGGUAAUUUUGAUUUUGUUUUCCUAAGUGUAAACUGCCAAUACUGUUUUUGCUGAUUAAGAACUGUAACUUACAGUAUAUACAAAUAAAAAUCAACUUGGUACUAAACGUAUGACCGGGGGUGGGGGUGUUAGCUAGUGUUAGAUAGCGGUCCGUUCCAGUAGCUAACUGCUAGAA